UUCCUUCAGGAUCCUGGACCACAUGUACACGAUUGGUUUGGAAUAAGGGUUUUCCGACUCCCCUAGGUGGACCCUCCGUGUCCACCAACCCGGUUAGAGCGUUGGACAUUCGCUUUUUGUCCUCUUCAUUUCGUAAAAAACACCUGUGGUGCGAGCAGUCAGUGAGUAUGACUUUUCUGUCAGUGGAUGUAUACGCGUGGCCAUUUGAGACCAUCAUAAGUCAUUUACUUCCACUUACAAAUUGAUCUAAAAAUCAUAUCAGUACUUCACUUUCUUUUGGUCGCAUUCCAACGAUCGAAUUGUUCCAUGGAAUUGUCUUUGUCUAAAUAAUCUGAACGGAUAUAUAAGACCACAAAAUAUUUUGAAUUCGACGAUUUUUUUCACUUUAUCAUUUCUCACUCAUCACUUUGAUUAAUAGUAAAAAUAUUCGACAGUAAUAUCUAAGUUUAGGUUUCCUUCUAAAAACUUCAUCAUACGGAUACCUAAAAUAAAAAUUUUUUCUUUCUCAUAUUUCAGAAAACACAGUAUGAUAUGAGGCCAAAACUUCCAAAAACUAUUUCAGCAUGGCAGCUGAUGAGCUUUUUACCACCUGGUGCAGCAGACAUCACAUCUGAAUUACACUUCACAAGGACUAGACGUAUGCCCAAUAUAACUCGUCCAGACCAAUUACUUAUUAAGGUUAAAGCGGCAUCGUUAAAUCCUGUCGAUUCUUUGCUUGUCUAUGGUUAUGGUUCUUCUAGCUUUAAUUUAUUACGUCGCUUUACAUCAAACUAUGGUUGCUUUGGUCUACCUGAUGCCACAACAGCAGAAAAUGCUGACUUUCCUUUUACACCUGGUCGUGAUUUUUCUGGUCAAAUAGUUGACAUCGGUUCAGAAGUUGCUUUAUCCAACCUAAACAGGCAAAAUAAAUUUAUUAUUGGUACAAAUGUGGCUGGUGCUACAUGGCCUUUUCUCAGUACUACUGGAUCUGGUUCACUAGCUGAAUAUAUUGUCUGUCCAGCUGAUUAUGUCGCUCCAUUACCUAGUAAUGUUUCUUUCAUAUCUGCAGCUGCAUUAGGAUAUGCUGGUUUAACUGCAUGGUCAGCUUUAGUUGAUGCUGGUGGAAUCGACCCUGCUAGUAAGUCAUCACCAUCAGCUUGUUCAAUUCUUAUAACUGGCGCCACUGGUGGUGUUGGCUUUAUUGCAGCACAAUUGGCUAAACUUUGGGGUUGGAAAGUUCAUGUCACAUGCCCAAGUGAUAAAAAGGCAUUAGAUUUAAUGAAUGUUUUACAAGUUGAUAAAAUAUUUCCACAUCCAACAAAUAUUCAAACAACAAUGAAAUAUGAUUUAAUUCUUGAUUGUAUUCGACCGGAUUAUUUGAAUACAACAACUUCAUUCACCACAUCAUCAUCGUCGAAUACACAAUUGAAACAAUGUCAUUUAAUUGAUCAUUUAUUACCUCAACUACCAUCUAUGUUAACUUAUUUAAAUACAUCAUCAAAUCGUACACGUUAUAUUAUGCUUAAUCCACCAUUAUUAUAUUUAAAUGAUUAUUAUGGACCAUUUAUUGGUAGUGGAAUAGCAUAUUCACAAUUAUUGUAUAGUAAUAUUGCUGCAUUAUUCUCUAAUAAUAAUGUUUAUAAUACUAAUUUAAAUAAAAUACGUUGGGUAUUUUUUAAACCAAAUAAUAAAGUAUUAAAUUAUCUUUUAAAUUUACUUUCAAAUAAACAAUUAAUAAUACCAGUGGAUACUGUUUAUCAAUUUAAUCAUGUACCAGAUGCAUUUCAUCGACUGUAUACUAAAGGAAAACGUGGUAAACUUGUAAUUGAAGUGAAUAAUUAA